CAAACAACCGUGGAGCAGAUAGAGACGUACAGUUGGCUAGUUUUCUUUCCCCCUGAAUCGGAUCUACUUUUGUUUUUGUUAUUUUUUUCUACUAUAGUGAUAAAAUGUCUGAUGAGGAGGAAGACUACAUGUCAGACGCGUUUCUCAGUAAAAUACAAGACGUGAAACCCGGUGUCAGCAUGGUGAGGAGGGUAAAAGAAGCGAUGAAGAAGGAGAUCAAACAGAAAGAGACAAAUGUCAAGAAUCGACAGAAGAGCUUCAAGGAGCAGGAGAAGGAGAGUAGAGAAGCAGCUUUACAAAACGCCAUCAGCAACCAGAGCAAGGGCUUCGCUCUUCUGCAAAAAAUGGGUUACAAAGCUGGCCAAGGCCUCGGGAAGGAGGGAGCAGGAAGAGUGGAUCCUAUUCCACUGAAUAUCAAAACAGACAGAGGUGGCAUUGGAAUGGAAGAAGUAAAGAAACGGAAAGCAGAGGAAGAACUUGAAAAUUAUCGUCAGAAAGUACGAGCCCAACAACGCAACGAGACCAAAUCUCUGGAAGACUUCAGGUCAAGAGUACGGACAGAGAGGGAGGAGCGUAGGAUUGAAGCAGAUCUCAGGAAGAGUCAGCGAGCCUGUGAGCACCUUGAUAGUCAAAAGGGCAUCAGCGCCCCUAGAGAGGAGUGGUACUGGCCUGACAUACAGGAGGAUGAGGAGGAAGAGGAGGAGGAAGAGGAGGAAACAGAUGAAUUAACUUCCUUUGACAAGCUACACAUUUUGACGUCUUAUCUAAGAGGAGUCCACUAUUACUGCAUAUGGUGUGGGACGAACUUUAACGAUGAAGAAGACUUGAGCUCCAACUGUCCUGGAGACACGGCGGCUGACCAUGAAUGAACUUCGACGAAAACCUCUAUAAAUGAUUUAAAGAAAUGUUUAACUCUAAGGAUGUUUAGAUGUUUAGAUGUUUUUUAGAGGCGUUCAGGCAGCAUUUUAUGUGGAACUUAAGUUGAGGAAAUUUUGUUAUCAGAAUUGAGAAAACCUGUAUUUAUCAUCCAAUUUUAAUCUGCCCUCUAUUCUCUGGAUGAGAGCUGUUGUUUACGCUCAGGUUUGCUGCAUGUGUUGCUGCAUCUUAAUGGUAUGUUCUCACCAAUCAUUACAUAGGUAUGGCUGUUUAGUUGCUGAUUGGUGCAAAUAUCAUAUCACCAAAAUCACAUGGCAGACACGAUGCAUGCAGAGAUGGUCAUGAUGUGUGUUGUACUGGAUUUGGAUGUUUCUGCAGAAAUGGAAGCCAACUAGACCAGAAAACAUUUUUUACAAUAUUUAUUGUCAAAAUUAUUGAGCUCAUAUGAAUUUUACCCUCAGUUUGCUGUUUUUAGCUGACAGGAGCGACACUCUGUAAGGUCUUAUGCUGUCUUAUCCAUAUCUACAAACUUAAGUAUUUUAGCUGCUGCCAUGUGAUUGGCCGGCCACAUCAAAAACAGGUGUACCUAAUAAAGUGAUCAGUGAGUGUAUUUAAAGUUGGAUAUGGUAUAGUAAGUUUUCAGAGACAUAUUUUAAAAGCAAACCUGUGUUUCUAUUAAAUGUUUUUGUAGUAGAA